AAUCUCCACUCCGUCAUCACUUGCUUGCUGGGUGACCUUGGAUAAGUCACUUAACUUUUCUGUGCCUCCUUUCCCUCGUCCGUUCAAUGGAAUAGGAGCCCCACACUGGAUUUGAUUAUCUUGUAUCUCCCCCACCACUUAGUCCAGCGCCUGGCGCAUAGUAAGGGCCGAACGACAACAAAAAACGAAAAAGCCAACACCGAAAAAAAAAAAAGGGAAGGGACCUGAGAUUCUAGAACGCAUGACUCUCGUGGGAAUGUUAGCCCGUUGCUAGGAACUAGACGAAAUUCCGGGAGCCUUUGGGAAGAGACAGGAUGAGGCCGAGGCUCUGGAGAGCCCCUGAUCCCGAACCACCUCGACCGAGAAACAGAUCGGCCCGAAGGGAAUCCAACCUGGGGCCUGAGCUCGAGUAAGAGAGACCUGGAGCCCUCGAACCCGUCUCCUGGCCAGCUUGUGCUGAGGAGGUUCCCCCCGACGCGGAGAGGAUGGCCACCUUGGGAGAUUUCUAGAGGAGUAAGGAGACGUGUGGAGGAUGACAUUUUCGAAACACAAUCCAGCCUCAGAGGUCAAGGAGGUGGAAGGAAUUUCUUUCCGGGGAGGACCGUGGGUCCGUUCCGGCCACUGGAGGAAGAGGAAAGUCAUGGAAUACGAACAACAACUCCCGAGCCCGGCCGGACCCGCGGGCUAUCGGCAGGGUUCCCGACUGACCCGCCUCGACCCCGCGAAAUAGGAGCCGUCUGCUGGUCAGGAGACCCGGGGUGGCCCGUCGCCCUAAAGUUGAGGGGCGAGUGAACCGUGGAAGAGCCAGGCACCCCCCUCCCCGCCGAGCCUGAGGAAUUCAGGGAGGGCACCAAUAAAUUCAGGCCCUUCCCUGUGAUUACUAGGGCUCCGAGCCGCCACCCCCGCGAGAGGACACCCCGGCUGGGACGCAGCCACAGUCGCCGGCGACCUGGGAGGAGAAGCCAAGUGUUCCCGAUGGAGCGGACGCCUCAGAUAUCACCCGGAGCCCGGGUUCUUCCCCAAAAUGGGGCCUGCGACGCCAACCCAUCGUACCCGUGGGGGGUGACGAUACGCGUGACGAUUCGAAGAGUUUCCAAAAAGGACCCCCAAGGACCCUCCGUGGACGAGUGUCAGUGGCCGCCCGCCUCCUCCCAAGCCCACCCUUGUCGGGAGGAAUCAAAGCCAGAACAGAUGUCCUCUCCCCCGCCGUUCGGAGCAGGAAAUGAAAGGAAGCACUGGAUGGCGGCUCUGGAUCGAAGUCAGCUGACCGGCCGGGACCUGCUCGACUACCGGGGCGACGCCGGACGGGCCGCGGGCCGAGAGGACGGGAGACCGGGCCGCGUCGACGCGGCCUUGACCCUUUUCCUGACGUCGACCGGCUCCGGGAUUCCGAAUCAUCAGUCGAAAGAAAGGAAACCUAAAAAAGGGCUUGGCGGUCGCUCCCGUUGUUUCGCAAAGACAGCCGGGGUUGAGAUGCCUCGGCCGGGAAGCUACCGCAAGACGAAGUUUGCCAGCAGGACAGAGAAGGAGGAGAGAAGCCCCGGCCCCGCCCCACGGGGCAGAUUUCAACUCCGCUACCGAAAAUUAGACGGCAGGAAGGAUCGUGGUCCCGGGGAACAGCUUUCUCCCAACCAGGGCCUCUAAGCCAUCUCUCUAUUUUAAAUCCAAGAAACUCGACCCCAGCACGUGCCAGGAGCAAAAAAAAAACCCAACAAAAACCACUAGUCUAGCUUUCCCUGCUAAUAAACUUCACGGUCUCUCCAGAUCAACCUCUCUCGAUUCCUAAUCGCCUUAAAAGCAGCACGGCACCCAAGACUGUCCGAGUUCCUGCGGGAAGAUAAAUCCCGUCCAAACCUUGGAGUUUUUCACCAGGUUCCCUCUGGAUCGUCAGCUUCCGGUGGAUAGAGAAUGCCCCCGUCGACUCUGUUGCGUCCUCCUCUCCCGACCACUCAGCACAAGCGCUCCGCACGUGGUGAGCGCUCGAUAAAUAUCACCGAUCGAUGGACUGAUUUGUUUUAUUCUACUAGAUGAAGUUAAUGCAGGGUAUUGCUACUGUCCUUGU